AUGACAGCAGAGAAUCCUCAGUUAAUAAAAUUUGGCAUUGGUUAUGUGAUUUUUGCAGUGAUAGCAUUAAUUUUUGGUGUCAUUCAGAUUUUGGCUGCUGAAAUAGCUUCCCGUAACAUAAUGGCCAGAAUUAAGACUGCCUACUUAUCGAAGAUGCUGUUGUUAGGGAUGGACUGGUAUGACCAAUCACAAGAACAGUUUGUCAGUACUUUGUCACAUGACUUACAGAAGAUGGCGUUCUUGUUUGACAGUAAAAUAACCAUCGCGACAGAAAUGUUGUCAUUUUUCUUUUUUGGUUGCACUUUCGGCAUGAUCACUUCAUGGAAAGUUGCCCUUUUGACCCUCGGAAUGAUGUUGAUUGCUGUGAUCAUCAUGUUCUUCAUAUUACAGGCUUCAAAAAAGAAGGGAAAAUUGAUGCAGGAGUAUAACAGAAAAUGUACUAAAAUUGCUUCUGAAGUACUUGGAAACAUCCGUACUGUAGCUGCAUAUGGUGGCGAAUAUUUAGAAAUGGAGAGGUACAAGAGUACAUUAAAAAUAGCUAACAAGUUUGGAUUAAAAUAUACUGCAAUGAUCUCUGUAGGAAAAGCAUUCAAUUAUUUCCAAAUGUGUACUUGUUAUCUGGUCGCCUAUUAUUUUUCUGUAAGGCUGUUUCUCAUAGGCGAUUUUGAUCCUGGCUACAUUUCAGUUAUUCUAACAUCUCAAAUUAAUACUAUAUAUUACUGCACCUUCUUGCUGAAUACUAUUUUCGAUCUCUAUAUGGCGACAGAUUCAGCCUACAGCGUCAUGAGUUUUCUUGAUAAUGAGGCAAGCUAUAACAAAUCAAUCGAACAAGGUCUCAAACCUGACACAUUUGAGGCUGAUGUCUGUUUCAGAAAUGUUACAUUCUCCUAUCCUACCAACCUACAUACUAAGGUGCUCCAUGAUCUAACAUUGGAUAUUGAGCCUGGCAAAGUCACGGCAGUAGUAGGAACUAGUGGGGCUGGAAAAAGUACAAUCGUAAGCCUAAUUUCAGGACUUUAUGAUGUUAGUGCUGGGCAGAUUCUCAUUGGAGGAGUGGACAUAAAGAAGCUCAAUGUCAGCUGGCUGAGAAAUCAAAUCGGUGUCGUAGGACAGGAACCUACACUCUUUGAUGCAUCUAUAGAAGAGAACAUCAGAUAUGGAAAAACUAAUGCAUCUUUGGAUGAGAUCGUGGAAGCCGCAAAGAUAUCUUAUGCUCACGGUUUUGUAGAGAAAUUACCUUUAGAAGGACGUGUCAUGGAAAAAGGCUCACACAGUGAACUGAUGGGCCUUAAAGGAUAUUACUACUCUCUAGCUAAGGUUCAAGAACUUGAGGAAAAAGACAAAAUUCUUAUUCUGAACCAAAAAAAUUUUCCUGAGGAGGAAUUGAUUGAGGAGGUCAUACCAUUAAUUGAUGAUGAUUUAGAGUUACCAGAGAAAAAAAAAAUACUAAGGCUAAAUAUAAAACACCUCAAAAAUGUGGUAGUAUGUUUUCUGGCCAUUUGUUUUAUUACUACUACGUCAACAUUUCUUCCCACUUUUCAACACAUAUUUUGUUUGUUUUGCCAGUCUUUUACAUACACUAAAGAUGAGCUGAGGCGAAUAGCCCUUGUCGAAGCUGGAUAUCUUUUUGGACUGGGCGCCACUAUAUUUUUCUCAGUAGUUUUGUCUGGAGUAAUGUCCACGAUUGCAACUCGCCUUUGGUUGGAAAAAUUGCAGACAAAAGUUUUUAACAAAAUAACUUCAAUUGAUAUAAGUUGGUUCGACAGGAGUGGGAACUCUCCUAAUGCUUGUCUUGAAGUUUUGACUAACAGCCCAUCGAUCAUCGAAUCAGUUGCAGGAGAUAAGGCUGCUCAGGUAAUCAUAUUCUUGCUUUCGGUUCUGUUCUCAAUCGGCUAUUCCCUCUUCAUCAGUUCAAGUGUUACCUUGGUGAACUUACCAAUUUUUCUCAUCUUCUUCAUCGUCAAUAUCUUCAGAAUGAAGCCAAGAGAAUCUGAUUCUAGGUCUGCUUUACUCUCAACCAGGUCGACCAAGGUUGCUACUGAAUAUGUUCAAAAUAUAAAAACAAUUCAAAUACUUAACUGUCAAAAAUAUGUAAUAACCCAGUAUCAGGAUAUGCUUUUACAAUCUAAGAAAGAAGCAAUCGAUAGUAUUAUUUGGUAUGCAGCUGUAUAUGGUAUCUCUAAGUCAGUGAUACGAUGGUCUUUUGGGAUAACAUUUAUUUAUGGAGCCUAUGUUAUCGCCAAUAGUAAUAUUCUAGGAACGUCACUUAUUGGUAUUGUGAAUACCUUAAGCUUGACAUCCAUGCUAACUGGGCCUACUUUGAUCUUGACGAGUCAGUAUCCAGCAGCAAGACAAGCGAUAAAGCAACUCUAUAGGAUUGCCGAUAGUAAACCAUCUCUCAAUACAUUGACAGAUCGGGGAAUUAAACCAGACAUAAUUGGAAACAUUGUCUUCCAAGACGUGGCGUUCUCUUAUCCAACAAGAGAAAACCUCCAAGUUCUCAAUAAGCUGAAUCUAAAGAUUGAAGCGGGGAAGACAGUAGCUCUAUUGAUUGAUGGUACCGAUAUCAAUGAUAUAAAUGUGAGAUAUUUACGAAGCCAAAUGGGGCUUGUAUCGCAAGAGCCUGUCUUAUUCGAUAUGACUAUUAAAGAAAAUAUCCUUUAUGGCUUAGAAGGAGAGGUUACAAUGGACAAGGUCAUCGAAGCUGCGAAAAUAGCAAAUAUUCACAACUUUAUAAUGAAGCUUCCCCAGGCGUAUGAUUCUUCAGUCGGUGAAAGAGGUUCGAAGUUAUCAGGAGGGCAGAAGCAGAGGAUCGCUAUUGCCAGAGCUGUCCUCAGGAAUCCAAAGAUAUUACUUCUGGACGAAGCUACUUCUGCGUUAGAUACUGAGAAUGAAAAGGCUGUGCAGGAAGCUCUAGAGAACGCCUCUGUCGGUAGGACCAAUAUUGUGAUAGCACACCGACUGUCGACGAUUCGUAAGGCAGACAAGAUAGUGGUCAUCCAGUCCGGUGUAGUGGUAGAGGAAGGGAACCAUGAACAGCUGAUGGAGAGGAGAGGUUAUUAUUUUAACCUGCUCACCAGAUAA